AUGGCGGUGCCCACAGACUCGCCGGCGAAGAAGCAGAUUGCAGCUGCCAGAGCCGGGACGAAGAGGAAGCAGCCGCCCUCGUGCACCUCGGAGGGGAAGGCGUUGGCCUUCCAGGCCCCUGCUGGCUCGGUUCACGCUCCAGCUCCCAAGCAGAACAAGUCUCCCGGUGUCCGCCUCGUGGGCGGCAGGAUCUACGAUUCGGAGCACGGGAAGACCUGCCAUCAGGUUGGAUCCCAGUUGUUCCUUGUAAUCGACGUGCCUGGGAUCUUUUUCUCGUAUCUGAUUCCUCGUGCAUUUGGUUUUGUAGUGUCGCCAGAAGACCAUGGAUUUCGCGGCUGCCUGCAGUAAUUCGAGGAGUCUGAAGCCGUGUCGGAUCCAUUUUUGUCACAAAUGCCUCCUCAAUAGGUAGAUUUUUCUCUUAACCAUUUCGUAUGUCGUUCUCCUGCGUUUUCUUAUACCCUGCGAGCUAAGAUUGCUGAAGAUAUUUCUGAGGAUAAUAUACCCUGCGUUUUCGUAUAAUCCAGGUACGGAGAGAAGGCGGAGGAGAUGGCUGCUCGUGGCGACUGGAUCUGCCCCAAGUGCAGAGGCAUCUGUAAUUGCAGCUUCUGCAUGUGAUUACUCAUAUUUACCCUGAUGGCAAAUUUUAGCAUGAGACGAGAUGGGCUUCUGUUCAUUCGAAGCAAUUUAACGUAUCCGGUCGAUUGGAUGUGUAGGAAGAAGAGAGGACAACAGCCCACUGGAAUCCUUAUCCACGCUGCCAAGGCGAUCGGAUGUUCUUCAGUUUCGGAAAUGCUGCGGUUGCAUCACACGAGCUCUGAGUCGAAGAGGGUAAACAAGGAUGAGAAUGCUACGCCGGAUAAUCCACCAUCUUCUGUCGAGGUCUGUCGAACACAUCCUCUGAUUCCGCCCCCAUCUCAUGUGCUCCUGUCUUAGCCUACGGGUUGUCUUUGUUGGUAUGGCAGAAAACGGUGGCAUCAGAAAGGAAGCGUGUCAUGGGAAAUUCUCGUGGAUCAAAGGGGUCUCUGGAAUUCGACCGUCGUGCUUCAGAAUUAAUGGAAGAGAAGACUGCGGUAUUGGAAUCCGUGAAAAGGAAUGUGAAAGGGGAAAACGGCAGCGGACCAGCAAGUGAUUUGAGAUCAGGUAGGAAACACAGGAAAAGAGAUUUUCUGGAACGGAGGAUGCCGGAUGAAUGUUCGGGUAAACUUGGAAAAUACCCAAAGAAGCACAAUGUAACCGGUGAAAGACGAUCGGUAUGGUUAGAGAACAAUGAGAAACUAAUAGGUAUCUUGGAAAUGAAUUCUGGGCGGGAUGAUGACAGAGGAGAAGCGCAGCUACUCCAUGGAAGUAACGUCGAUGACAUAAAGGGUGAUUUUCCCGAAAAAAUCUACAAGAAAUUAGGAAAGAAAGAUGUAAAGAAAGAGGAAAUGGCACGGAUGGGGUACAAUAGGAAACACGGAUCUAAGCUUCGAAGAAAGAUUCGACAGGAUGAUAACGACGAAGGUUCACAUGGUCUGAACGGAAGAAUUCACGACUGGAGAAAAGGGUAUUUGGAUGAGAAGAUAUCCAAGAAAGUCUCAAAGAAACAUAUGGAUGUGAAAACAGGGGUGGUCUUGGAUGGCAACGAGGAGAAAGAAUUCGUGGACGGAGAUGGAAAUGGUGUAGAGAUUGAAGGAUUACCUAGAGCUUGCGAAGGGAAGAAACGUGUUUUGACGAGAACGAAUGUUUCUCAUUCAGCAGUAGCAAUGCCCCAGGGUACAGAAUUGAUAAGGGACGCUGACAUUAAAUUGCGGGUUGAAACUGAUGGUUUACUGAGGGAUUGCAAGGAGAUGAAACAUGUUUUCACUAGUACAUGUGCCCCUCCUGAUUCCGUGUUAGUAAUGCCUAAAGGCACAGCUCUGAUAACAGUCGCAGGGAUUGAAUUUCAGGUUGAGGACGUUGGACCGGUACUGCAGUUUCUGGAAUUCUGUUCUGCUUUUGGGAAGGUAAACACUGAAAGUAUCUGUUUAUUUGAAUUCCUGUCAUGUGCGGCUAUUUGGAUUUCCUCAUAUUACACAUCUGAAAGGGAGCCUGACAGUGCAAAUAGAUACUUGUCGAUUGCUUUGAGAUUCAUGGAAUUUUCCGUAAGCUAAGAAUGGCAAUCUUACUUUAAUAAUUGUUUCUAUUUAUUUUUUUUAUGCCACUCCACUCAUCGAUGAACCCUGUUAUCGAUGCAGCUACUUGACAUAAAGGAAGGUCAGCCUGAGUCUAUUCUUCGAGAGCUGGCAAGUGGGCGUGGUGUCCGUCGAGGAUUAAAUUCCAAGAUAGUCCAGUUGUACAUCAAAUUGCUCUCUAGGAUACGAGAAGAGCGAGGGGAUAGGUAUGCAUUCUUGUUGUAUGAUAUUAUUAGUGUGUAACAAAAGGCCCAAAAUACAAUCAAUCCGGCGUGGGCUACGUGAGCCCCAAGUAGUUUUACCGGACAAAUUGAUAAGUUUGGCAUUCCCGGCCCACCAAGCAAAACCAGUGGUUUCUUGGUCACGACCAGCUAAAGCAAAAGUUCCAUUAAAGAGCGUUUCCACGUGGUAGAACCUCCUCAGGGAAUAUAAGAUUUUCAUGAGGCUGAUCCUGAGCCGCCAUCCAAGCACGAAUACUCGUUGUAUGAGAUUAUAAGUGUGUAACAAACGAUUCACCUUCUUUCCUUCAUGUUUUUAGGUCUCUUUCAUGUACAGAAAAUGAUGGAACGUGGCUAAAGGCCCUUCAGAAAUGUGUUGCCGAGGCUCAGUUUGAUUUAGACGACCUGGACUUGGACUCCGUUACUAAGUGCACCGCUGGGUAUGCUACCCUAGAUUCUUCAAAAAAAUUAAGACUACUGAAUUUCCUAUGCGAUGAACUCCUUGGCACAAAGUAAGUAACACUUCAUAAUUGUUUUUUUUCUUCUUGAAAGUAUAAGAAAAAUUAGACACUUCUGUGACUUUUUUGUCGUGUUUAUUUUCAGAGAAGUAAGAAGUUUGAUCAAUACAGAAAAUACAAAUUUCGAUGAAAAAAAUAAAGAAGAGCGAGAAAAACUUCUUGCUGCAAAUGAGGAGGUACCUGAAUAAUGGGAUUUCGGAAAAUUUGGAGGAUACACAUUUUCAAUUUUUUUUUCCCAAGAGGUAAACAGUGUUGUUGUUACUGUCGUUUUCAUAGAAGAAGAUUCUGAAGAAGAAAUUAAAGGACGAAGUGGCAGAAGCUAUGCUCGAAUUAAGAAACGGUGCUCCAUUGACCGUGUCAGAACAUGAGGAUCUUAUUUCAAAAAUAAAGACUGAGCUGGAGAAAGCCCAUGCCGAGGUGCUUGGUUCAUUGGGUUCGUUAUGUAAGAGUAUUGCUACAUUCCCAUUACGUCUAAUAUCAUUUCCUUUUGCUAGUGAUCGGUCCAACAUAGUGAAUUGUUGUACAUUGAAAUCAACAUUCGUCAAACAUCUCAUUAGGUGAUUUUUACAUAGUCUCGAAUGUGUUGUUCGAGUAUUGCCUAGGGAGGAAGCCAUUUAGGAAGGCUAGGCAUGGGGGUGGUCAGGUGGAAGGCACUAAAAGUGCUUGUAUUGGUCACGAUAAUACCUUGGUGGUCUCGUUUGUUGCCUUCAACGCCUUGUUAGGAAUCUUGCUCUUUCCAUUUCAAAAACAGUGAUUAUAAUAAAUAGUCCACCAAAUCUUAUUGAUCAAGUGCUUAGUUACCAUUGAAUCUCAGUUCAUUUGUCUCAUCCUUGAACUCGACACCUGAAGUGAUCAACACUUAAAAUUAUAUCGUUGGUGUUAAGGAGUUUAUCAAGUAAGAAAGUAUGAGCCAUGAUUAUGAAGUUCUUAAUCAAUGCUGCACUGAAGGCAUAAUAACAUGAUCGCCUACUUUACGGUAUUUUACUUGCUUUUGUCAUCUUAGUAAACUAUCCUGGCCUACAUGAUUCACACUGGACAUCCCAUGGUUAUCAGGGUUGCAUCAUCAGACCUAUGGAUAAUGCUGAUGACAUCACAGUAGAGCAUUGGGCUUCCCUGUUUCCCAUUUAGUAUCACCUAAAUCCCCAAACUAGUGUGAUAUGAUGAAUGAAGCUAUCGUUAUGUUGAUGGUUUUGAUGGUGGUGCUCAAACAUCAUGUUGGAAAUAUCUGCGGCUAUUGAUCUUAUGAAAGUAUUGUAAAAAAGACGAAUGUAUUGUGGGCUGUGCAAUCCUUACUCGUUAUAUAGAACCAUUUUAGUUAUAUGCGAUUGAGAUAUAUAUUGUGGAGUCUCACAAUUUCAGCAACGAUUUUAGUUUUGUCCGAUUACUACAUGAGCGCCAUCCCAACUUUCUUGGAAAGAAGUUUUGGGAAAUGGCACAUGCCAUGAAGUAACGGUAAUAAAGCAAUUCCCAAUAUACUUAUUUUGAAUGAAAGCAUGGCCUAAGAUGAUCAGCCAAAGAGCUGAUCAGCCCUCUUUCAUAUCUGGGGUGUUGUUUGUCUUAAUGUAAGCAAUUAUAUUGUUGCAUCUCCUAUUUUUUUUCUUGGCAAAAAUGAAUUGAAAUUUUUAGUAAAUGAUCAGCCAGCCCGUAUAUGUAAGGGAAACCUAGCGCGAUUUUUCUGUUUUGUACCUUAUUUCUUCUCUUAAUUGAAAUGACAACGUGAUUAUUGUCUUGACGAAAUUGAUUGACAUUUUUAGUAAAUGAGAAGUUCAUAGGUGA